GUAAACUUUCGCCAUGAAGAUUCCACUUUCGCCCCAGAAAUUACAACUCUUAUUCUUGUGACUCCAGUAACUCUUUUGGCUGGAUGCUGGAGAUAUAGAGUUUACCCUCAGCUUGGAAGAAAGCUUCCUCCAGGAAAACUGGGUUUGCCUAUUGUUGGAGAAUCUUUAAGCUUCUUCAAGGCACAGAAAAAGAACCUGGUUGCUGAAUGGAUGAAGAAGUGUACCAAUGAGUGUAGACGUAAAAAUCUACCUGUACGGAAAGGAGGGUCUGAUCCCGUGACGUUGAGGCCACUAGCGAUCUGCUGUACCUGCACACGUAGAGAAACACACGCGUGAAGCGAACGGAAAACACCAGGGUGGUGUUUGCCGUAGGCACUCCGACGCUCAAGUCAGCAAGGCUGAAAGGCUUAAUAUAGUGAGGGCUAGGGAACGAGAAAUUACCGGAAGUCUAGUCGGGGACCGUGACUACGGCGAAUAAGUGAAACUCUCAAGUAAAGAGUCUCGGGUAUGAAGGGGUAAUGUUGAUGUCCAUUGUGAGAGGGCUGGCCUCUGCUUAUAUAGUGAUUGUUUGGUCUCCUAAUCCUGGUAGAAGUAGGAGUCCUAGCGUGACUCUGAUGUCAACCCUAGAAGAAUCAGGGCCGUAACCAGCUGUCUUAUCAACAUCCGGAUAGGAAGUUAACUUUGAUUAGGAGAACUCCGAACAGGAAAGUGCCCAGGAAUGGGAGGUGAGUUCGUGGGUUCUAUACUCGCCCAUAGACUUGAGAAAUGGGCUGGGAUUAGGAGACUCGUGCCCACGUGGUUCGGGCCGGCUACACAUUGUACCAAAUGGGCUUAACGCGGUAGGGUCAUCAGGAUUGGGCUUCGCUGCUACUUCGGUGUCACGCCUAUUUUCCAAUUUGGGCCAAGGACGAUUUUUGGCCCUAACAAUGAGUAUGGACCAAUAUUCAAGACCUCGCUCAUAGGCUCUAAUGCCGUUAUUAUUACUGGCCAAGCAGGUAACAGAUUUAUAUUCAGUGACAGUGAUAGUGGCAUUGCAUGUAACCAACCAGCUUCUGUAAGAGCCAUACUUGGAAACAAUAGUAUCUUUGAGAUUUCUGGGCCUCGAUCCAAGCUUGUUAAGAGCGCAAUUAUAAACUCUCUAAGACCUGAAAGCAUCUAAAGAUAUGUAUGUGAAAUGGAUUCACUGAUCAAGCAACAAUUAUUCCUGGAACUCAAUGGUAUGGAGUCGGUAAAGGUAGCACCCCAGCUGAAGAAAACUGCAUUUAAAGUCACUUGCAGUCUCCUCUACGCAUUAUCAGAAGGAAAGGAAAAAGAUGCAUUAUUAGAGAAUUUUGCAAUUGCCCUCAAAGGAAUACGGUGCGUCCCUUUGAAUUUUCCAGGGACCUUGUAUAGAAAAUCAUUGAUUGCUCGAGCUAGGAUAAGAAAUUUGUUUACUCAGUUAAUUGCUAGGAGGAGAAGAGAAUUGGAAGAAGGGAAAGUGAGUUCUCAUGAAGAUAUUAUAUCAACUUUAGUCAGUCUGAGAGAUGAAGAUGGUAAACCCUUGUUAGAGGAAGAAAUUAUUGAUAAUCUUAUAACUCUAAUGAUGGCAAGCCAUGACACUAUUGCAAUUCUACUUAUCCAUUUUGUGAGACUCCGUGCUAGGGAUGCCGAAAUUUGUGAUAAAGUCCUUCAAGAGCAAAAGGAAGUUGUGAAGGCUAGUGAAGGAAGUGGUGGAAAGCUUAGUCGGCGAGAGGUGCAAAUGAUGAAAUACACAUGGAGUGUAGCUCAAGAAAUCAUGAGACUGACUCCUCCAGUUAUUGGCAAUUUCAGGCGUGCUUGGAGAGACACCAGGUUUGAUGGUUUUGAUAUCCCCAAAAGGAUGGCAGUGUAAGGUUUCGAGUGAAAAUUCCUGGUGUUGUGGGUAACCUCUGGCACGCAUUUGGAUGAUAAAAUAUUUGCAGAACCAGAAAAAAUUGAUCCAUCAAGAUUCCAGACCCUGACAAAGUCGAUGCCUCCAUACACCUACAUUCCUUUUGGAGCGGGUCAAAGAAUUUGUCCUGGGCCUUAAUUUGCUAGAGUGGAAGUGCUAUUGAUAAUUCACUAUUUGAUAACAACUUACAGGUGGACUGAGGAGAUUCCAGAUGAGCCUAUGAUAGCAGAUCCCAUUCCCAACCCUGGCAUGGGCCUUCCUGUCAGGCUCUAUUCAAGGAACAAUAUAUAAGUUAUGAAAAAAUAUAUAGACCUAUCAUGAAAAUAAUGUACUUCUGAGGUUCUUAAUUAUCCUUUCAGAUUAGUUAGUAUAAAAACACUUCAACCUGUCAUCUUUCUUGUGGCAGAUCUUGUCUUUUCUCAUCAUCG